AUGUCCGGAGGCCUCAUGAAUUCUGCCAAAGUGGGUCAUGUUCAGGGUCGUUCUCGGGGUUUAAGGGAUCGGGCGCCCAGUGGGUCCGAGUUAUGGGCGCUUGGCUUCGACCAGCCCAACCUCCUGUGUCAGUUCUCGUUCUCUUCUGUGCAUCAUGAUGUCGCGUCGUUCUUUGAUCUCCCAACGCAAAACGUGCGACCGGAGAUCUCUUCUGAAGAAUGUCAGACACAACCUAUUCCGAAUUCAUCAGAGGUAUCGAGAAUGGGUCUUUUCCUUUAUGACUAUGUCAUCAACUUCAAUCAAGAGCAUCAUGUUGUCUGGUCGUGUCGUGUCACAGGCGGCGUUGCCGUGUUCGUGGCACUGCGUUACGCAACUUUGGCUGCUUACAUCGUUGAGAUAAUCUACAUCAGCACUCAAUGCGCGACAUAUUUUGCACAAGCAGCGUUUGCCGCAAUCCGCGUUUACGCAAUCCAGCGCGGCCGGUGGCCAUUAUCGGUUGUCGUAAUGGCACUAGGGCUCGUGCCAGUCGCAACCAACAUCUACGCCGUUUCGCAAGUAAAACUCGUCGAUGCCUUCCAAUACUGUCUCCUAGACUCAGCAAUCUCCAUCAACAAUCAACAUAUAUGUAAGGACGAUCCGUACACUUCGGGUGGGCAGAGCACCAGAUCCAUACCGUCGAGCAACCUAAUGCCUCACUACAGGAUCAUAUCUGCGCUCAAUGCGGCCAAUAUUGUGACCAAUCUGCUAGAAGGGACGGGAAUAGACAUCACGAUGCCAGUCGAGAUUUUUAGCACUGUGUUAUUGUGCCGUUUCUACCUGAACCUGCGCCGAGUCGCCGACAAGGAUGAUCCCGUUGGACCGGCUGCAUCGAUAUCGUCCACGACAUUCUCUUCAAGGAUUACUGGGAACAUGGGGGAGAUGCUGGAGUUCGGAUCAUAUCUUCCCGACGACCUCAGCCUGAAUAGCGACGCCGACGCUAUGGAGCAGCAGACGCACGACGCAGUCGAGCAAGAGGAAGGGAGGGUAGAGUAUAGGUCAAGCCCGGAGGAUACCUUGGGCUCUGAGGAUGGGGCGUCCAACCAGAAGGCCUGGCAGCGCCUGGAAGCGGAAAUAUCAUCCUCAUCCUGA